AAAUGACAAUUUUACAUUCUUUACUUAGUAAUCCUUCAAGAAAGAAAAAUAAAAAUCCAUCAUCGCAAACAGAAGCUACCCCAUCAGCUUCCCAUUGGGUUGAGGUUGAGGAUACACGUUUAGGGACUACGUACAAACCGUCUCAUGUAAACUUUCGAAAUAUUUUUAAAAAUAAAUUAAAUUAA